AUGGCCUCCAUGCUGCCCGCUUUCCUGCAGAUCGAGGUCAACUGGCUGCGCGGGCUCUACAUCGCGCUGUUCUUCUGCAAUGCCAUCUUCGCCACCUUGUUCAAGACGAUCGGAAGAGACUUGCUGUCUUCGUUCGGCACGUUCUCCGACUGUGACGAGACCGACAGCGCGUCCUGCCAGGGCAACCAAAUGAUCUUCCGCGCAAGCUUCAGCAUCUCGAUGUUCUUCUUGAUGCGCGCACUGCUCAGUCGGUUGGGCUGGGUGCAGCCACGUGCGCGAGCUAUCAAGAUCCUCAUGUGGGUCGAGGUACCGGUGCUGAUCGCACUGCUGGUUGGGUCGUUCUACAUCCCAAACUCCUUUUUCGACGGGUAUGUGCCUUUUACAAGAGUCGCCUCUGGGUUCUUUAUCCUCUUCCAGAUCUUCUCCAUCGUCAGCGUUUCGUACCAGGUUCGAGAUACGUUGCUGGAACGACUAGAACGCGCGGAAAAGGCCGAGGCUCAGGGUGAGGCGAGAAGCGGGUUCUGCGCCGGCAGCGUUUGCAUGUGGAAGACGGCCUUCUUAGGCGUGUGCGCAGUUUCGAUGGUUUGCAUAGGGUCUGGGAUCACCUACUUGUACAUGCGCUUUGCCGAUUGCGACCUGGGCCUAGCGUUCACGACCAUAACGAUCAUAGCAGCUGGCCUUUUGAUCAUCGCUUGCGUCUCCCCGUGGAUCGAGGUGGGUUUGCUGCCACCAUGCGCUAUAUCGGCGUAUCUGGUGCUCAUGUGCUGGCAAGCGCUAGUCAGCAACCCGGUAAAGUCGUGUGAGCAUCGAAGACAUCCGCCUCCUGCACCAAGAGACGAGGAGUCGUCCAACACGGACAGCAUGAUCGCCAACGCCGUGAUAGCCGCGUUCGCGAUGACGUGGACAAGUUGGCGCACGUCAAGUGCGGCCGCCAAACUUCUAGUUCGACAGGGGCGAACGCCUCAGGGCCGAGACACUACAGUGUCACGACCUGCUAGCGCUGAUCGCCACCACGACCAGCAGUUCGCUAGCGUCGUGGUCGUUGAUGUGCAUCCAGCCCAGCACACGGACGAAAGCCCCGCCCUCGCUCCCGCUGGCACAACGGUGGAGCCUCCUCAGCCCGGUCGAGAGCUCAUACACGAACCGUGGCAAUUCUACAGUAUGAUGUGCCUCGCCGGCCUGUACAUGGCCAUGGUGCUGACGGACUGGAACUCGGCGGACGGCUCCUUCAAUAACAUCUCCAUGUGGGUGAAGAUCGUGGCGCAGUGGGUCACGAUACUCCUCUUCUCCUGGACGCUCGUGGCUCCCAAGCUCUUCCCCGACCGGGACUUUAGCUGA